GUUUUAUAUUAUUUUUAAUUGUUAUUUAAACUAAUUAUGUCUUCUGAUGAUGAAAUACCUCAUUUAAGUGAGGAAGAUGACUCAGAUUGGGAUGAAAUUGAAGAAGAUAUUAAUGUUAAAUGUUUGUUUUGUGAUAAUGUGUUGUUAAAUUUAGAUGAAGCAGUAGAACAUCUGAAUUCAAAACAUGAAUUUGAUUUAUAUCAUCUUAAAAAGAAACAUAACAUGGAUUGUUAUUCCUAUAUAAAGAUGAUUAACUAUAUUCAAAAAGAAAAACCUUCACCCGUUGCUCUGAUGUCAUCUGAAAUUCCUCUGUGGUGUGAGGAUCAAUAUUUGAAACCUACAGUAGAAGAUGAUCCAUGGAUAAUGUUUGACUUCGAAUAUCUUGUGAAUAAAAAACAGAAUGAAGUUGAAUCCAAAAAUGUUGAUAAUACAUCGGUUAUUGAAAUACCAGUAGCACAAUUUACAGAAAUGAAAAACAUUAUGAAUCAAAUGAAACAAGAACUUGAAGAAAAGGAUAAUUACAUCACUAUGAUUUUAAAUGAUAUGGAGAAAAUGAAAAGUAUAACUAACAACUUCAUUGAAAAUCUUAAUGCAAAUGAAGAAGGUGACUUACGUCCUAUAAAUAGUGUUGGAGGCCUAGAUAUUGAGCAUGAUGAGGGUUAUUUUAAUAGCUAUGCCCAUUAUGGAAUUCAUUAUGAAAUGCUUUCGGAUAAAGUAAGGACUGAAUCUUAUCGAAAUGCUAUUUUAAAAAAUUCAAACACAUUCAAAGAUAAAGAGGUAUUAGAUCUUGGUUGUGGAACAGGAAUUCUCUCAAUGUUUUCUGCUCAAGCAGGCGCCAAGCAUGUGACGGGAAUAGAUAUGUCUGAUAUCAUAUACAAUGCAAUGGAUAUUGUGCGAGAAAAUGGUUUUGGAAGUGUAAUAACAUUACUUAAAAAUCGAUUAGAAGAUAUUGAAUUUCCAAUACAAAAAUUUGAUAUAAUUGUAUCAGAAUGGAUGGGAUAUUUUCUUUUAUUUGAAGGCAUGCUAGACAGUGUUAUAUAUGCUAGAGAUAAUUAUUUAAAACCUGGUGGAAUAAUACUUCCGAAUAGAUGCAAUAUUAGUAUUGUUGGAAGUGGAGAUAUAGAGGACCAUAAUAGUUAUGUGAAUUUUUGGAAAGAUGUUUAUGGCUUUAAAAUGUCUUGCAUGAAAACUAACAUGCUGAAAGAAACUAGUGUAGAAAUAGCCAGAAAGGAGCAUUUGAUUACUGAUCCUUGCAUCAUAGUUGAUAUUGAUAUCAAUAAUUGCACAACAGAAUGUGUCAACUUCACAUAUGAUUUUUCAUUAACCUGCAAGAAGGAUGGUUAUUUGACCAGUUUAAUUGGUUAUUUCGAUACAUUUUUUGAAUUAGAAGUUCCAGUAGAAUUUUCAACAGGACCUUAUACUGAACCUACGCAUUGGAAACAAACUAUAUUUUAUUUAAAGAAUCCUAUAGAAGUUAAAGCAGAUCAAUUGGUCACUGGAACAUUUUCAUGUAAAAGAGAUACUAAAAAUGUGCGUGGUUUGCUAAUUCAUAUAAAAAUAUUCAAUGAGAGUUAUGAAUACAGGAUGUGA